AUGGAGCUCAUGAACUGCAUCGCAUCCAUGAAUGUUUCCAACUACCAAAUGUCGACGAAGCAGAAGCUUCUUCUCAUUAUGCUUGUUGAUGGUGAACACUGGCGUGCACAUGAUCGUCAAAUGUUCUACUAUGAGAAUGGUGUGUGGAAGAUGAAGCCGUCUCUCACCAUCGAAGUCUGGGAUCUAUUUCUUGCUGUUGAAGGUUUGUUGUUGACCGUCUCGAAGCACUUCGAAGAUCAAGAAGGAGAUGCAAGACCAGCAUGGAAUUGGAAUGCUAUUCGGGAUGUUGUCUCUGAUACGAUCCAAGGACAUGUCCAUGACGCUCUCCAUUUCUUCGGGAAUGUGGCCAAAGAAGCAAGUGACCAUCUGCGGCAAGUCACAUCCAACAAGGCAUGGAAAGCACUUUGGCUUCGUCGAUGUGCAGACAUGCUAGCUUCAUUCCGAGUGAAUUGGGAUUCGAACAAGGUCCAGUCACUCUCAAAGCUUUUUCUUCUUGAAUGGGAUACUCCAUUGCCAAAGUCACAGGGUGUUUGCUUCAGAGACGUGUACUUGGAUGCAGAUAGGAAACCUGCAAGCAAAAGCCCGUCCAAUGACUGCUACAUGCAUGUGGACUAUGCCUUCUACAUAGAAAACCUCUUGCAGGAGUAUCCGAACAUCAAUCUCCAACAGCAUCAAGAAGGAUUACGUUUGUUCUUGGAGUCGCUCUACUUUCAGAACGAACAUAUCUUUCAAGUGAAACUUUGUUUUUUACAUGCCGCAUUCAAAAAGGCUUGCACUUCAAAGAUGAUCUUCGAGAUUGGCAAAGGCGGCGAUGGCAAGGGGAUGGAAGCUUAUCUUGAUCGUGCUGUAUUAGGUGAAGAUCAAUCUGCAACUUUGGAUUGUGGCGUGUUCUUGGAUCGACAGGAGUUCCGCAAGUCUGCCGAGUUCGCAUGGAACAAGGCGAAUGUGCGUAUCCAGGAAAUGGAUCAGCACGCAAGAUUCGUUGCAGAUCUUUGGAAAAGAUUCAUCGUCGAUGAAGAAAUAGAUUGUCGUGUCAAUUAUGGAUUUACAUCCAAACGACGAUUUGGGUCAUCUAUGAAAGUUCAGGAACUCAACUUUGAGAACAUCCCGACCAUCGAGGAGUGUCGAGAUCGACUCCAGGCUUGUGAGCAUCUCAAGCGUCGCAUCGUUUGCUUUCGUAUGGGGAAGGCUCGCUUCGUGCUUGACGACCAUGCAGUGAACUAUGAACACGGGGUUUUCCGUCUCAUUCCGCAAGAUGAGCUGGUCCCUUUCUUGACACAUCCUGCAACGGCUUCAUGUUUCUUUCGAGAUUGGUGCUUGCCCUUCUUUCAGGAAAACUCUUUGGAUGAAUGUUUGAAAAUGAUCCUGGAUCUUAGCCAUGUACAUGAGGACUUGGUCAACGACACCAAUUGGUUGGCUUCUCGCUUGUCCGGCUGGAAUGGCCCUCCUCCAGGCACAGACAUUGACCUCCAGACAGAGAACGACGAAUUGAUCACGAUCGUGCAUCGGAAAACGCCCAUGAAGACAUUCAUCAAGGAGUAUCUCAUUUCAAAGGUUGAAGAUAUUCCAGGAGCUGUGCAGUCUACCCGUGGUCGACGAACCAAGUUGCAGUUCUUUCUUUCUGCCUUGGACCACUCCACCAUCAAACUCUUUCGUCAACAUGAUCAGCAUGCUUUCGAGAAACUCUUGGUGGAUUGGGCUUCUUUGGCUGCAGCUAUGGAUGCUCAUGGUGGUGCGCUUGCUUUCGGUCAGUGGAAAGAUUGGGGCUGCACCUUUGAUCUGCGGCAUCUGCAGCAAGAAUGGGAGUCAAAUCUCUUUGUGGACUUGCAAAAUGAAUGUCAAGGAAAUGUCACUCAUCACGGAAGUCUCUCAUCUCAAAUCCGGCCGACUGUAGCAACAUUGCAGGAAACAGUGGACUUGGAGGCUUUGCAAGCCUACUUGGAAAGUGGCUCAGACAGAAGGACUUCGCAGCUUCGGGCCUAUGUUGAUCGUCAUGCUUCUGAAGGAGUUCGCGUGGGGCGCUUUUCUACUAUCUCUGUCGAGUACUACAAGGCCCCCAAUUAUGGUCGUUUACUUGCUCGUGGCCCUGCUGCACAAAAACUCACUCGAGAAGCUCGUGGAAAAGCCUUCCCCCAUGCCAUUGAGAUUGAUGCAGCUUGUUGCCAUCCUCGUCUUCUCUUGCGAAAACUUCGAGAUAUGGGAUUGGACGAGGCAGGUAGUUUCCAGAUGCUUCGUCUCUUCUGUGAGAACUACAAGUCAUGGCGGUCAGUUUUGGCUCAGUAUCUUUGCGUUGAUGUCCAGGAGGCAAAAAAGGAACUUAUCCGCAUCUUCUACGGUGGCAACCCGCGUUUCGAUAUUCCAUGGCUCCGCAAGCUUGGGGAAGAAGUUCAGGCAGCUGCUCAUCUGAUUCUACAAGAUCACAGACAUACUCAUCUUUCUGAUUUGUACAAUGAUCGCAGACAUCCUGAAUUCAGUCGGCUUUGUUCUUUGCUAUCAUUCGAUGAAGCUGACCUAUUGGACACCAUUCGGACCCAUGCGCAUGUGAAAAUGGAGGUUGCUCUCUUUGACGGAGGCAUUGUGUCGUGCACAUCUGUGCAAGAUCUCUUUUGGUUGCAUCGUGCUUGCGCAGAAACUUCCCACAACAUCAUCCCCGUCGAGAUCAAAAGUGAGCCGCAAAGUAUGAAGACUUUCUUGCAUAUGUUGGUGUGCAAGAACAUCGUGAACAUGAUGGAAGUCGAAAUUCCUUCCACUCCGGCAAACUGUUUGCUCUUUGCUGUUCAAGGUGUUGCACCUCAUGUUGAUCUCAGUAGUUUGCGCCAAGUUUUGCAAGACAAGCCAGAGUCCUCGCUUUCCGCUCAUCAAUUCAAUGAAGCUUUGGCAGAUGCAGACUCUGCAGCCGACACUGCUUGGCAAUUGCAUUGCAUCUCCAAGGAUGAGUUGCUCUCCGUUGUCCCAGCGCACCCGAUCCUUUGUCAUGAACGUUCUGGAGAAUGUCAAGGACACUGGUGGUCCUUUGUGAUGAUUGAGGAUGAGGCAAGGCUAUUUGAUUCUGAGAUUCCUUCUUUCGAAGUGACUGCUCGAUGGGAAACCUUUGCAUCUGCUUUGGAAAAAUCUGAUGCAUUGACUUUCUUCGAACUGAAACAGAUGCACUUGAAGACGACUUUCUUCGAACUGAAACAGAUGCACUUGAAGACGGAAAUGUCGAUGUCAGAGGCAUAUCACUUGCAAGGUCGUGGCCGUGCGGAUGGAUCCUCCACAGUGAAGUCCGUGCGAACACCCCUCAAGAAUUGUGCUCUGUGUGGAUCUUGUCUAUAUCCCAAGCGCAAACAGUUCUCUACGGCAACAGUUUAUAGACUCGAAGGUCCCGAGACUGUCCUGCACCAGCCUAUGCGAUGUGGACAGAAGUCAUGCCAAGCCUCCCACUACUACAACUUCGUGUGGAGCAACGGCAUCAAGACCAAUUCGCUCGAUCCCAACCAGGCCGAGUAUAUCUUCGUGACCGCCAACACCGGGUUCCACGUCUCCUUCCUUGCUUAUCACGAUGCCCUGCAAUUCAGAGGCUACUUGAGCAAUCACGCCAUCGCCUGGUCCCAAACGAACGCAUUAUGGGCAGAUGACCAUGCACAUGCUCGAUUUCACAAGGACUAUGCAUUGGCUCGUCUUCUCUGGAAUGUCAUGAGCGAACUGUCGGUCAUGUGGAAAUCCACUAUGCCAAGCACUUCCAUUCAGAAACUUCGCACAAUUCGCGUAGAUGAUCCUGUGCAUGAAGGGCAUCUUCGGGACUUCCACCGAUGGUGGCAAACCAUCGAAACUCCCCAUCGCAUGUCGCAGUCUGUCAAAGAGAUCGCUGUCGAUGGCCACGAGAAGAUCGCCACAAAGUGCUAUCAUGAAGCACCAGCUCGCGGUGGUCGUCCUCGGAAGGAUGGCCAUGUCAAAUUGUUCUACAACGGCUGUUUCAUGGCGACACACCCUGGGACCGGAGUCAUCCUAGGCCUUUUUGAGAUGAAAGAUCCAGAGAAUUCGGAUGUUGCGCUCAAUCUUGUGCAAAAUUUGCUACCGCAUUAUCCCAAAGUGGAUGCAGUACUCUACGAUCGAGCCUGUAGCAUCUUCAAGAAGGCUAAGAACACACAGGAUUUGAAGCCUGUCAAGUUCUGGUGUGUAGACAAAUUCCACGCAAAGGGACAUUGCAACAAAUGUAAAUGUUCCCCGUCUGUGGUGCCAGCAAUCGAUAAGCGACUGAAAAGAGUCAACACAUCGAUUUCUGAACAGGUGUUUUCGUGGUUCCGUGGGUACAGCUCCACAUUCAACUCCAUGAACGCGAAACACCAAAGAUUCUAUGUGUUGGCUUACUCGCGUCGACACAAUCAUUUGCAAAAAUUAGAUGACAUGCAGCACCUCAAUCCUUGGUCUGCCCGUAAGUCCACUUUGAAGCGAGCCGGCGUGCUGCAGAAGCCAGCCAGCCGCAAAUAUAAGUGUAGGGUCAAGAAGCAAGCCGUGAAGAGACCCGCACAGAAAUGA